AUGUCCUCAGCAGCCUGUGUUUCGGAGAACCCAAGGCAAAGCCCUUUCACCCCAGGACGCUACCCAGACAUACCCGUGUCUCCAACUGCCCUCUCUAAAAGCGACACACUGAGUUGCCAGGAUGGGCUCUCCACUAAACUUGCUAGCCAAUCGGCGGAGUCCUCCAGCGUGACAUCAGGGUCAUGUGACCUGAGCAGGCAGAUCGUGUCCCAGUUGGAGUGCUACCUGUCCAAUGAACACCUGGCAGAGGAUGGCUUCCUGCUCAAACACGUCCAGAGGAACAGGAUGGGAUACGUCAGCCUCAAGCUGCUCACCUCCUUCAAAAAGAUGAAGGACCUGACGAGAGACUGGCGCACCACCCUGGCCGCAGCGCUGUGCUCUGAUUCGCUGGAGGUCAACAGGGAAGGGACCAAAGUGAGGCGCAGAGAGCCUCUGCCUGAUUGGCUGUUGAGUGCCCCCAACAGCAAGCUGCUACUAGCCUGGAACCUGCUUGGGGAAAACACCGGAAGUGACAUCACUACCCUCAGCAGCUUGGACCAGCAGAUAGCGCUAGAGAAAGCUCUGAAGCUGUUCAGUGCCCAUGCUGCCGUGGCCUCGCUGCGUAUCCUCCGUCCUGGGAAAGAGCUUCCUGUGGAGCUGAGACGUCAUGCCAGGAGGCAUGCCGAGCUGGGCCGCAGGACGUGUGCUGUGGUGGAGUUUGAGACCCUGGAGGGGGCCAGGUUGGCCUACCGAGCCCUGCAGAGAGGAGGAGCAGAGGGGGCCGUGGUUUGUGUCGCCAGCCUGGGCAGCCCUGGCUCGUCCCACCCCACCAACCGGACGGCGGAGAAGGAGGGUGAGGAGGACCCCAAGCCAGAUGGAGGCCCCGAGGUGACUAAGGUGUCCCAGAAAAAUCCCAAGGUGAAAUCUAGAUGUUUCACCAACAGCUCCCUGAAGGAUCCAGUCCUGUCUAGAUGUUUCAUAAACAACUCUAUGAAGGAUCCGGAACUACUGAAGAGCUUAGAGUCUGACCCUGCCCCGGCCAAGGCCACAGUCCCAACCCUGGGUUCAGCCCCAGCCAGGCUUUCAUGCAGAAGGAUCCAGCGCCAUAAGUCCCUGGACAGCCCCCUGGGCCUGGAGGGUCAUUGCCAAACAUCACAAAGUGAUAGGCCCUCCUCCUCGGACAGCCAUGCGUCCCGCGUCCCCCUGGUCCUGUCUAAGCUCCGGGACUCAAGGUCUGGAGGUGUGGGAAGGAGCAGGUGCUCUGGGGACCAUGCACAGGAGAAGGUGUCUUGCCCCUGGGUACAGCGCCAGAAUGUGGCUGCUAGCGCGGCCCUACUCCACCCGGAGACCCCGGGCAAGCUUCGGAGACAGACUCUGCCCCUGAGGGUGGUGCGUCUGCCCCAAGGACCCUACGGUACCAAGGGCUUCUAUGGAGGCAGGGGGAGAGGGAAGCUACCUCAGCAGCAGUAA